GUGGAACUGAAGUGGUCGAACUGAGUCACUGCUCAUUCUAUUCUCUGUUCUUUCAGUGUUUCUGUAGCGUUUAAGCAUAGGAAUAAGAAUAGGAAUGGAUCCAGUGACCGAGUGGGGGAACGCGCCGUUGGUUACGGUGGAUCCAGAAAUCCACGACCUGAUAGAGAAGGAGAAGCGUCGUCAAUGCAGGGGAAUAGAGCUCAUAGCAUCGGAGAAUUUCACCUCCUUCGCCGUCAUAGAAGCACUGGGGAGUGCUCUUACCAACAAGUACUCCGAGGGAAUGCCCGGAAAGCGCUACUACGGCGGCAACGAAUUCAUCGACGAGAUCGAAAACCUGUGCCGUGCACGCGCCCUACAGGCCUUCCACCUCGACCCCGCCAAAUGGGGCGUCAACGUCCAACCCUACUCCGGUUCUCCGGCAAACUUCGCCGCUUACACGGCGGUGCUUCAGCCCCACGACCGCAUCAUGGGACUGGAUCUUCCCUCCGGCGGGCAUCUCACACACGGGUACUACACCUCCGGCGGGAAGAAGAUAUCGGCGACCUCGAUUUACUUCGAGAGUUUGCCUUACAAGGUGAAUACUUCGACGGGAUUCAUCGACUAUGACAGGUUGGAAGAGAAGGCCUUGGAUUUCAGGCCCAAGUUGAUAAUCUGUGGUGGCAGUGCUUACCCUAGGGAUUGGGACUAUGCAAGGUUCAGAGAAGUUGCUGAUAAGUGCGGUGCUCUCUUGCUUUGUGAUAUGGCCCACAUCAGUGGUCUUGUUGCUGCUCAGGAAGCUAAUAACCCUUUCGAGUACUGUGACAUUGUGACGACAACGACCCACAAGAGCUUGAGGGGUCCUCGGGCGGGUAUGAUCUUCUACAGGAAGGGACCUAAGCCACCCAAGAAGGGGCAGCCUGAGAAUGUUGUCUAUGAUUUUGAAGACAAAAUCAACUCUUCUGUGUUUCCCGCCCUUCAGGGUGGUCCUCACAAUCACCAGAUUGGGGCUCUUGCUGUGGCAUUGAAGCAGGCGAUGACCCCAGGAUUCAAGGCAUAUGCCAAGCAAGUUAAGGCCAAUGCAGCUGCACUUGGAAAUUACUUGAUGAGCAAAGGAUACAGUCUUGUUACCGGAGGAACCGAGAACCAUCUUGUCUUGUGGGAUCUACGCCCCCUUGGUUUGACUGGUAAUAAGGUGGAGAAACUCUGUGAUCUCUGUAACAUUACUGUCAACAAAAAUGCUGUUUUUGGUGACAGCAGUGCCUUGGCCCCUGGAGGAGUUCGGAUCGGUGCUCCUGCCAUGACUUCUAGGGGCUUGGUUGAGAAGGACUUUGAGCAGAUUGGAGAGUUCCUUCACCGUGCAGUCACUCUCACGCUGGAGAUCCAGAAGGAGUACGGCAAACUUUUGAAGGAUUUCAACAAGGGACUGGUGAACAAUAAGGCUAUUGAAGAACUCAAAGCUGAUGUUGAGAAGUUUUCUUCUUCCUUUGAUAUGCCUGGCUUCCUAGUAUCUGAGUUGAAGUACAAAGAUUAGUUGCACAUGCAGCCUUCCUCGACGUCUUAAUGCCCUGCCCAAGACUACGAGGAAGUGGAGAGAUAACAAAUGUUCUCUUUAUGGGUUUCACAUAGGCUAGCCUGUUUUUUGGAUUCAAUUUUAAGUUUCGUUUGUGUUUCUAUGUUUCUGUAUGCCUUGUCUGAUAUUUUCUUAAUAACAAAUGAAAUGUGUAUUGUUUGGACGCUAGCGAGAUUUAGCUUGUUCGGGGAUGGAGAAAAAUGUGUUCGAAUGUCUUGGAGAGCCUUUAUUUGUUGAUGUUCUUUGAACUGCGUUAUAAAAUAAAUUCAGAUGAAAAAUAAUAGAAUUAAUUUGCUUUGCUU